AUGAACCCUUCUCUAGGAUACUUUGAGAUUACAACAACCCUCUUGUUUAUCUUGGUUAUUGCUAAUUUCUUCCGAAUCAACCGCAAGUCAUUCAACACGCUAGUUCCCUUUGAAUGGCCAAUCAUCGGAAUGCUUCCCGCAGUCAUCGCUGGCAUCAACCGUGUCCACGACCGUUUUGUCGAAGUUCACACAACCGUCGGACCCACAUUCAUCUUAAAACCCCCCUUGUUCUCGAAUAUGAGCAUAUUGUCGAGUGUGGAUCCGAUGGACAUGCAUUACAUAAUGAGCACGAACAUGCAAAACUUCCCUAAGGCGCCUCUCUUCUCCAAAAUGUUUGAUUUCAUGGGAAAAGCUUGGUUCAAUUGCGACGGCGAUGAGUGGAAGAUACAAAGACGGGUGGUCCAAGCGCUUCUCACCAAUAACCGCUUCAACCGGUUCUUGGCAAAGACUAGUGCACAUAAGAUCGAAAAAGGGUUGAUACCCGUUCUUGAUAACGCUGCUAAUGAUGGGUCGCUCCUUGACUUACAAGACUUGUUCAACCGGUUGAUAUUUGACACGUCUUGUAAGAUUAUAACGGGAUACGAUUCAUGUAGCCUCUCCGUUGAGUUACCGGAGAUACCAUUCUCGAAGGCAAUAGAUGAGGCGGAAGGGGCAGUUUUGUUACGUCAUGCCAUGCCUGAGACAAUUUGGAAGAUUUUGAGAUGGAUGAAUGUUGGAUCAGAAAAAACUCUUAAACAUGCAUGGGCCAUCCUGGAUAUGGAGAUCGGAAAAUUCAUAUCCAUGAAAAGGGAAGAACUCGCUAAGGAGAUGUACGACCCGAUUAAAUUGAUCAGAGGGUCAGAACAAAAAGCAGAAGGUGCUGACUUUUUGUCGUUGUACUUACACGCAAACGGUCAAAUGUACACGUCGAUAAAGAUCGAUGACAAAUUCUUAAGAGACAGUAUUCUGAACUACAUGUUAGCCAGUCGAGACACCACAAGCUCUUCUCUAACCUGGUUCAUCUGGUUGGUAAUGACUUACCCAAAAAUCCUAAACCAGAUUAGAGAAGAGCUCAGGUCGGUCUUACCUUCAAAGGAAUCAGAAAAACAAUACAUAUUCAAAUCCGAAGAAGUCAACAAUCUUACAUAUCUCCAUGCAUGCAUCAGCGAGAGUUUAAGACUCUAUCCACCUGUGCCGUUCCAGCUUAGAGUACCUGAAAAGCCAGACAUACUUCCUAGUGGAGUUCGCGUAAAUCAAGAUGAUAAAAUCAUCAUGUCGAUUUACGCAAUGGCGAGAAUGAAGUCUAUAUGGGGGGAGGAUUGUUCCGAGUUCAAGCCUGAAAGGUGGAUAACGGAAAAAGGAAGUAUUAAACAUGAGCCUUCAUAUAAAUACCCAGUGUUUAAUGAUGGGCCGAGGAAUUGCCUCGGGAAGGAGAUGGCGUUUACUCAGACGAAGAUGGUGGCAGCAACAAUAAUUCAUAAUUACAAUUUGAAGAUGGUGGAAGGACAUGUUGUGGAAAAGAACUGUUCCAUUAUAUUGUAUAUGAAGCAUGGCCUCAAGGUGAAGGUUUCCAAAAGAUGGACCUAG